ACAUCUUGCUCGGGAGGAAAGCGCGCGGGGAGCUGAGCGCUCGGAGCUGCUGCGCCACAGCUUGGGCUGGGCUUGGGCGGGGGGGGAGCCAGGCCGGCGAGGCGGGAAGGAGGCAGCAGCGGCGGCGGCGGCGGCGCGGCGGGCAGCGGGGCCGCCGGGCGGCACCAUGUCCCCGGGAAGCGGGGUGAAGAGCGAGUACAUGAAGCGCUACCAGCAGCCGCGCUGGGACGAGUACGGGCCGUGCUACCGGGAGCUGCUGCACUACCGCCUGGGCCGCCGGCUGCUGGAGCAGGCGCACGCGCCCUGGCUCUGGGACGACUGGGGCCCGGCCCCCAACUCGGACGACUCGGCGUCCUCGGCGUCCUCCGGCGCCGGGAGCCCCGCGCCCCACGGCGCCCGGGCCUCGCCGCCGCCGCCCGCUGAACCUGCGGCGCGGGAGGCGGCGGAACCUGCAGCGCGCGCGCCCGCCGAGGAGCAGAGCGCGGAGCCCGCGAGGGCCACGGCUCAGACAGCACUGCCAGAGACAAAUGUAAAAGAAAAACCUGAGCAGCAGACCAGAACAAAAGAGACUGACAAAUCACCUAACAGUGUUGAACCUCACCAACAAAGUGCCUUACUUGCCAGAGGAAGUAGGAAAACAGUCAGAAGUCCUCAAAGGUCCUCCAGUAAAAUAAAAGAAAAGCAUCCAUUCGCUCUUUAUGGGUGGGGAGAGAGACAGACGGAUACAGGAAGCCAGAAAACACACAAUGUCUGUGCUUCUGCCCCAGUCCAUGAGAUUCAUGAAUCAGCACUACGAGCCAAAAACAGAAGACAGGUGGAGAAAAGGAAACUGGUUGCUCAGAGGCAGCGUGCUCACUCUGUUGACGUGGAGAAAAACAGAAAGAUAAAGUCUUCCUCAGAGAAUCCAUGGAUAACAGAAUACAUGAGAUGUUAUUCGGCAAGAGCGUAAAGAAAGAGACUGAGGCCUGGGCAGCUUCUUUUAAAAUGUAUAAAUGACAGAAAUAAAGGAACAAAAACUCCAAAAGAAACCGGACACAGGUUUAAGAAAGCAAAUGAUUCUGGAAGGUUUUUUUUAAUAGGGAAUGUCCAGAAGAUUAUUCUAUUUUGAUGCCUCCCAGUCUCCUACCUCAACAGUAGGGUAAAGUAUGAAGCCAUAGACACUUGGUUAUUUAUGAAGAUAAUUCCAGAAAUCUUUGAUAAUCUUACAAGGGUUUUUGUUUUAAAGCAUCUUAAUAUUUUAAGAUAUGGACACCCAAUGCCUUUAAAUGGCUAUGGAUGCUUAACACUCUGUAUUCUUCUCUGAAGUUUAGGUGGACCCUGUUUCAUCCUAUUGUGAAUAAUUUCCAGAUUCCAAUCACUUCAUCUUGCAGCAUAAAACUCAUUUUCCUUACUUGUGGUUUUCUUUAUGAAGAAAUAUUAAGUAAAAGUGAGUUUUAACAUUAAUACUGAUUCCAUGUAUAGUGAAACUAUAUCCCUAAAAAAAUUAAAUUUGUAUUUCAGUUUUGCACUUCAUGUAAACUGAAUUGUGAUAUCUAGGAGUUAUCUGGAGUGGAUAAGGAUUAUAUAUUUUUCUUUAAGUUAUCAUCCAGGCACUUAUUUAAUAGUUUGAUCGUUCAAAUGCAUUCCAAUAAGUGCCAGUGUACUGUAUUUAGAGUGGUACUGAAAUUUCUUUUCUUUCUUUCUUUCUUAUUUUUUUCUUUAAGAACACAACAGAGAAUUAGUCACCAGACUUCAAUCUGACCUGUAGACACAUACCUGCUGUGAACUUUUACCACUUCUAUAAUAGUUGACAGUGAUUUUUAGAACUUAUAAACAUAUUGUGUUACAUUUGGGGGCAGGGUGAAAAUACUAAGAUCCCCAUUAAAAAUAUAGCCCACCUCUAUUCUUAGUACAUCUCCCCACCCCCAUCACUAAUAACAAAGUCUUGAGUGAUGUACGUUAUUCAGACUUUGUGUGAAAUCCAUCAUUCCUAGAUUCCCAGCAAGUAGAUCUUAUAUUAUACUUAAUGAGGAAAAAAGGGUGGUAUGUAUAGAAAUGCGCCUUCUCUAUAAAACAUUUGCUUUGGGGGUAGAAUAAAUGGUUUUAUGAAAUUCUGGUUCAUCCAGCAUGGACAAGAAUAUUUAUAGAAAGAAUGAAUGCUAGAUUCUUUAAAAAAGAAAAGAAAGUUACUUUACAAUUUUAGCACCUGGAGAUGUGAAAGUUUAGUAUUAGAUAAAUACUAAAUAUUUACCCGUGAUAUUUUUACUUAGGUCUUUGAAGUAUUCUGUUUAUUUUUUAAAAGAACACAAAUCUAUUUUAUUCCACAUAAAAUUGUCAGAGUAUUGUCUUAUAAAUGAACUUUGAAAAUUCAUGCUGAAAAUCUUGAGCUUUUUAAAAGACAUUUAAAAUAUUUGUAUUGUUUUGACUUUAUCUUGAGAGUUCUUAGUCUAGUCCAUGAGCUGUAUAUUUGAUAAGAGGAAGUUCUGUAUAUUGUCCAAAACAACUUUGCUAGUAGUCUGGUGCAUUUUAUUGUUAUUAAAAUCCUUAGGCACUGCAGAUACCUAAAAUAUCAAAUUAAUGUGACAAUUGUGAAGUGGUAGCUGACUGUGAAAACUAUUCCUUGAAAACCUCUUCUUGCAUGUGGGGUUUUAGCCACGCAACUCAAGCAUUCAUGUUGCAUUUGACAAUCUUAGGGAAGAGAGUUUUUGAGGAGUGGCUCUGGCCCUUAUGGACUGCCCUUGAAGCUCAAUUUCCUCUAGGUUCUGAUUGAGUCAGACCCUCCUUAAUGUGCUUAUUCCUAAGAACUUCAGAUGGAGAAAAUCUAGAAGGCAAAAUUUCAGUUCUUCCCUCCCCUUCAUAGAAGAUAAAUAAAAAAGAUUUUUAAAGUACUUUUAAUGUGCAUGAACAAUGACUGAAUUAAUAUGAAUUAAUAUGUGAGCCAUUACUGUGUCCCAAGUCACUGGUUGGUUAGUUUCUUUUUAUUUCUUAACUUUUGGGGGUAAAAAUGACCUUUUGAUCCUAUUUUUAAAAGUUGUGCCAAUUUGACGGUCCUACUUUUUCUUCUCUCAUUCUAAAAACUAAUGUAGUUGUAACCAUGUUCUUUAUUCUUGGAAUAAUUUGCAAGAUAGUGAGACAAUUCAACCUUUCACGUUGAAAAGUUUGAAACUUUGAGAAUCUGGUAAUAUUUAAAUUAUGUAAUAAAAUUGCUAUAUAAGAUUUUUAAAAUUUUUGGUUUCGAGUUCUUAAUUAAAACACUUUGCCAUAAA